AGAUUCAUGUAUUUCACUUUCACAGGCUCAGAAAACAAGUUGUUUUGUUUCAAUAUAUUCGCCACUCGAUGAGCAAAUAUUAAAACUAACAGCAAUGAUCGUCAUUAUCAUAUCAAUCAUCGGAUUCUCGUUUAUGUUUCCAACUUUUACUCUGUGCUCCAAGAAAAAUAAAUAUUCGAGUAAUUCCAAAAAUCCGUCUACAAUGUCAAGAAAACGUGUCAAGAGGCCUGCUCCGCAAGUUUCUUAUACUCCGAUUGAAGUACCACAAUCAAAGCAAGAAACUGAAGGAAAGGAUGGAGGAAACGUUGAAGGACUAAAGGAAGAAGUUCCAAAUAAAAACUUAUCAAAAGAGAAAGGGAAGCCUAUUUCCAAAGAAAAAACAGGGGAAAAGGAGAAGAAAGAGAAAAAGAAGGAAGCGACACAGAAAAAGCAAAAAUCUGUUCGAAAGACUGCAAAACCGAAAAACGAGGAAAAAGAUGCUGAAGCCCCUGUUGAAAAUGAUGAUAAGAAAAUAAGUGAAGAAGGAAUCAAUAAAACCGACAAGACGGAAGAGCCUGAACUCGAGAAAAAGAAAUCUGAAUUGAGUGAUUCAAAGAAGGAAAGACUCCGCGAAGAUGAUACAUUGAGAGAUACAAAGUCAAUUGGAAAAUGAGAAAUAUAAACUGUUUCUGCUAAAACUGAAUUUGAAAUAAACAUCGAUC